UUGAGCAAAGUACCCUUAGGAGUGUUUUCAGAACUGUAACGAGAGACAUGUGGAUGGUAUCAGUCUUCUGGAGGUUUUAAUCUGCUCCUUAAGCUUACUAGCUCAGCUACGUGUUUUAACACUUUUAAAACUUUUUAAAGGAAAGACCCUUUGGUUUAAAAAUGAGUGAAAAUGAAAUGGAUGCAAAUUCUGAGUGGAGCACUGCAAACAUCCUGAAGCUCAUUGGUUCUAUUAGAAGCAACAUCCCAGACAGUGAGAAGACGAGAGGUUAUCGUAUCGCUCUCUCUGCUGUAGAUUGGGAUAAAGUAGCGUUUCCUCCCUAUUCUCCUGAGGAAUGCCAGAAUAAGUGGAAAAGUGUGAUGAUGAAGAUGCGCAAGUUUCGGAGCCUCACAGAGCUCGUUGCCGAAGCUGAAGAGGCCAUUUGUGAUCCUUUUAACCACAGAAAGAUCUACCCAGAGUUCCCCAAACCCCCUCCUCAUCCGAGAAUAGUCUAUUCGGGGAAACAGUUUUCUUUGAUAAAGCAGAAAAAACCUGAGUUGAGUUUUUCAAAGAUUGCAAAGAAAGCAUUCAAAAUGUAUGACAAACUCCCAGAUGAGCAGAAGGUUCAGAAUAAGAAGGAGCACGUCCUUGCACUCAAGAAAUACAGGAGAGAGAUGCAUAACUUUUGUAAAAAAAACAACCUACCUCCAGUUAGGACAACUUUGUGGAAAAAUAAAUCCUAUUUAAAUGAAGAAGAUGGUCUGCCUAAAAAACCACCAAUAAACGGUGUGAGUCUGUUUUUCAAGGAAUAUACUGAAGAGCAUAAGUCUUCAUCUAAAGCAAAUGCGUUCAAAGUUAUGAGCGAACUCUGGAAAAAAUUGAGUGAAACGGAGAAGGAGAAGUACAACACGCGCUGUAAAGAGAUGAAUAUUGAGUAUAAUAACAAGCUGAUGGAACAUCUGGAGAGGUUUGAUGCGAUGGAGAGCGAGCGGAUCAUCAAAAGAGGAAUCAAGUUACAGAAGUCUUUGAGGGCGUUGCCAGGCGAGCCCAAGAUGCCAAGCCAGUCUGUGUAUGUGUAUUUUGUCAAAGAUCAGAUGAAGAUUUUGAAGGAGACAAUUUCCAAUUACUCAGAUCGUAUGGUUAAAGUUAAGAAACUGUGGCAGAAGCUCCCUAUAAGGGAGAAGGAACGUUACAAAGGACAGAUUCAAGCAAACAUGGAAAAAUACUCAAAUGACCUGAAAAAGUGGUUCAAGACGCUGACCCCAGAACAGCAAGCUGAAUAUUUAGAACAAAACCCCAGAAAACGGAAAUUCCUUGAUGCCCAGAAAAAAAGGGUGUAUGACAGGGAGGAGCUACUUCAGUCUCAACCUUCAGACUCAGAGGAUGAAGUCAUGCGUGAUGUCAGCAUUGAAAAUGAAGAAGAUAUUUGGAGCUAUUGUGAGGAGGAGGAUGGCGAGAUGUUUGAGAUGUUAUGCUAACAGAGCUGAUCAACAACAAACACUGGAAUAGAGUUAAAAGGAAAGCUUAGGUUUUCAGACGCAUCACCAGCUAAAUUUCAUAGGAUAAAGAAAUGCAACUAGAAGGCUGAAUAAAGCCACACUAUUCUCUUUUCUGGGGUCGGGUGUUCGCUACAUGACACGUUUACUUGUGAAGACUUAC